AUGUUAUUUUUAUUACUCAUUUUGUAAAUCAAUGCAAUUGAAUUCAAUUAAUCAUUAGGAAAAAGGGAGAUCACUUGUUUUGGUGAUAGUCUCACUGAAGGCCUUACAGUUAUAGGGGAAAUUAGCAGCACAAUAAAAGACUUUAGCAUUAAGAUAUAUGUAUGAUUUUUGACUCUAUUCGAAGAAUCCGAUGAGAUUCAAAAAAGAAGGCUAUUUACAUUAGAGUCAAAAUGAAUUAAUACAACAAUUUAAAUUUAAAGUGAAAUAUAACCACAAUAUUCAAAUAUGUAUAUAAAAUUUAAGCACGUCAACUAUUUUAUAUUCAUUAAAAUACUCUUAAGAUAAUGAAGAAUAAUCUUAAAAAAUUGAUACCUAAUUGCCAAUGACUCAAUUACAGCCUAUUGAAAAUCUUAUGGCUUAGAUGAAAAUCUCUUAUGAUAUCAUAAAGGUAGUUCAUUUUUGAUAAAAUAAUAGGGGAUGUUCUCAAGUUUAUCAGAAAGAUAAGAUCAGAGACUCCAACAAUUACAGCAAUUGGGAUACAGAAUAGUAAUCUCAUCAAUUGUUCUGCUCUUAGUAACAGUCUUAAUAACCGUAUUUGGAACUUAUAGAUAUAAAAAAGUGAUGAAAAGUAAAAAAAUGAUUUGA